AUGAUAUCCCGACCCAUGAAAUAUGGUCAAAUGGGUUGUGUUGCAUCAGUGGCCACAAACACAAACACCAAUUGCACCAAUCAUCCAAAGACACAGCCCACAAGUCAAUCAGAUCCAGCCCAACCCAAAACAUUAUCCAAUCAAAAAAAAAGCCCCAAGAUAAAACACCAACUAACAAACCCAGGCCUCUGCCGUCGUCGCCGCUGGCAAGAACCCUCCUACGAACCCUACCCCACAACAACAGGGUAUGCAUGCAUCGUCCGCGUAAACAAUCGCGAAUAUACAACAGAAUCAGGCACACAGUGUGCAUCAGAGGAUCUAGCCCGUGAAAGCGCCGCAAUGCGCGCAUACCUAAUCUGUCGCAAUUUUUCCGUGAACGACGGCAUGAUACCCGUUGGCCAUGGAGUCCAUCAUCGCGGCGCAGCAGUACAGGGUAUUCCUGUUGCGAUUGGGACGGGGCGGAAAUCCAGUCGUGAUGACGAUGAUACUUCCAGCAGUGGGGGAAGUUGGAGUGGAGGGAGCAGUCCUGAGAGUAUGUUGAGGCUUGAUGCAUUGGUUCUUGGACAUGGACAUGGGAGGAAUGGAUCGGAUUCUGAGGGGAGCCGUGUUGGGUCUGAGUCUGAUUCGGGGAGAAUUGUUUAUGGGAGGGAGAUGUAA